AUACUAACUUGUAGUAUGGUAUAGUAUAACCAGCAUAAUAUUAAAUUCCCUGUUUGAGGAUCAACUAAUAUUACGUCAUUUAAAUAAGUGAGCUGAAAAGGUUUUUAAAAACAAGAGAAAAUAUAUCGAAAUAAGGAGGAAAAUGAGGUGGUUCGAUGGUGAUAUAGCAGCUGCUGUUGCAAAAUCAAAAUCCGACAAAGCCGUUUUUGUCGUUUUCGUUGAAGGUAAAGAUAAUACUACACAAGAGUUUAUUCAGGCAUUGAAUAAUACCGAAGUAUCAUCGCGAUUGGAAUCAGAAAAAUUUGUUGCUAUUAAAGUUGAAAGUGAUACCAAUACUUUCACGUUCUUCACUGAAAUAUAUAAAUCAGUACCUGUUCCAUCAAUAUUUUUUAUUGGUGAAAAUGGUAGACCAUUGGAGAUAGUUGUGAAUAUUUCGUCGCCAUCGGAUUUGCUUUCAAAGAUUGAUUCCAUAUUAGCAAAAAUAAAUCAACAAUCUACAACAAAUUUAAUAAAUGCUGAACAAAAGGCACAUUCCUCUAGUAAUAAUCAAACAAAUAAUAAAGCACAAGGUACAGUAAGUACAGAUCCCGUGACAUCCGAUCAAACACCUGGCGAUGUAACCGUUAAUAAUGUAACGAACAAUCCAAAAUCUACAUCGGAUGAAGUGUCAUCAGCGGACAUUGUUCAAGAGGAAAGUGAUGAUAAAAAUAAAGAUGUUGAAAGAGCUAAGCUUUUAAUUGAACAGCAAAAUAAAAAAAAAGUAGAAGAGGAGGAAAGAAAGGAGAGAGAUUGCGAAAUUGAAAGACGAAAAAUGGGUAAAGAUCUACAAAAGUGGCGAAAGGAACAGCACGAUCGUCAAGUUAAGGAAGCUCACGAAGAAAGAAUAAGAGAAAAAGCUGCCGAUGCAGCUGCUAAAGAGAAAAUCUUAAGGCAAAUUAAUGAAGAUAAAUUAGAACGCAAAAGAAAAUUUGAAGCUAUUGUCCAGGAAAAGAAUAUUAAAAAACAAAAUAGAGCCUUAGAAGAUGCAGCCCGAGCUCGAACAGCAAUAACCACCGACAUGACAAAAGCUAGAAUUCAAUUUAAAUUUCCAGCAGGAAAUAUUUUAACCGGUACUUUCGAGGCAACAAGUACACUAGAGAAUUUAAGAACAUACGUAAUUCAGAAUUCUGAAUUGCCGUUUCAACAAUUUUCUCUAUCUGCAUUUUUUCCAAGAAGGGAUUUUACUUCUGAUGAUAACAAUAAAACUCUUUUAGAGUUAGAAUUAGUUCCCUCAUCAGUCCUUCUAAUUUUGACUAAUAAGUUUCAAAAUCCAAGAACUGUAAAAAAAUAUGAUGGUGGUAAUAUCUUUUCUUUUUUCUUUUGGACGCUUCUUACUCCAGUCAUUAGCAUAUACAAUUAUGUUAUGGGAUACUUUAGAGGCAGACCAGAUGGAGGUAAAACCGGCACUGAUAGCAAAAACAGAAUUACGGAAAGCUCAGCAAGUGCAGGAAGUUCAGGAAGCGCUGGAAGCUCAGGAAGCAUGGCAAGCGCGCAAUUAGGAAAUAUCAACGUGGAUUUCGGACAAUUUGCAAAUUUAAGAAAUAGGAGGUCCAAUAGUCAGAGAACAACAAAAAUGAAGUCCAGUGGAAAUAUUCAUACUCUUAAUUCUGAAGAUACAGAUAAUGACAAUGAUGAAAAUAAUACAUGGAAUGGUAACUCAACACAACAAAUGUAAUGUUCAACUAAAAGACAUAAGUAGUACAAUAUAAGAGUUUUGUACGAAAAAUACAAACGAAAAACUUAUGAUUUUUUCAUGCAUACGUUAAUUAAGAUUAAAAAAU